ACGGCGGUCUCCGCUAUGGCGGCCUCCUCUGUGGCAUCCGAGGCGUCUUAGGGCCGGUGUCGCUCGGCGCCCUCGGCAGCGCGGCUGUUCCCGCGUUCGUCCUGCAGUUCGUGUGCUCUGCCCCCGGGUACUGGCAUCAUGGGUCGGGAGUCGCGCCACUAUCGAAAACGAUCAGCAUCACGAGGUCGCUCUGGAAGUCGAUCUAGAAGUCGUUCGCCCUCAGACAAAAGAAGUAAACGUGGAGAUGACAGACGGUCUAGAAGCAGAGAUAGAGAUAGAAGGAGAGAGAGGUCUCGGAGCAGGGAUAAACGAAGAUCUCGGUCAAGGGACAGGGACAGGAAGCGUCUGAGGCGUUCCAGAAGUAGAGAGAGAGACAGAAGCCGAGAAAGAAGAAGAUCUAGAAGCCGAGAUAGGAGACGGUCAAGAAGCAGAAGCCGGGGUCGGCGAUCUCGGUCCUCCAGUCCUGGCAAUAAAAGCAAGAAAGCUGAAAACAGGUCUAGAUCCAAAGAGAAAACAGAAGGUGGAGAGAGUUCGAAAGAGAAGAAAAAAGAUGACAAGGAGGAUGAAAAGGAAAAAGAUGCUGGUAAUUUUGACCAGAAUAAGCUGGAAGAAGAAAUGAGAAAGCGAAAGGAAAGAGUUGAAAAAUGGAGAGAAGAACAGCGGAAAAAGGCCAUGGAAAACAUCGGGGAACUUAAAAAGGAGAUCGAAGAGAUGAAACAAGGGAAAAAGUGGAGUUUAGAAGAUGAUGAUGAUGAUGAAGAUGAUCCCGCUGAAGCUGAAAAGGAAGGCACUGAGAUGGAGGAUGAGGAGUUAGAUCCAUUAGAUGCUUACAUGGAAGAAGUGAAAGAGGAAGUAAAAAAAUUCAACAUGAGAAGUGUGAAAGGUGGGGGAGGGAAUGAAAAGAAGUCUGGGCCAACAGUCACAAAAGUGGUCACUGUUGUAACAACCAAAAAAGCAGUUGCCGAUUCAGAUAAGAAGAAAGGUGAAUUGAUGGAGAAUGACCAGGAUGCCAUGGAGUAUUCUUCAGAAGAGGAAGAAGUUGAUCUUCAGACGGCCCUUACAGGUUAUCAGACAAAACAGAGAAAACUUCUGGAACCAGUUGAUCAUGGAAAAAUUGAAUAUGAGCCAUUCAGGAAAAACUUUUAUGUUGAAGUUCCAGAACUAGCAAAAAUGUCCCAAGAAGAGGUGAAUGUAUUUCGAUUGGAAAUGGAAGGCAUUACAGUUAAAGGAAAAGGUUGCCCCAAACCAAUUAAAUCCUGGGUCCAGUGUGGGAUUUCCAUGAAGAUCUUAAAUUCCCUGAAAAAGCAUGGCUAUGAAAAGCCAACACCAAUUCAGACCCAAGCAAUUCCUGCUAUAAUGUCUGGACGAGAUUUGAUUGGCAUUGCCAAGACAGGAAGUGGAAAGACCAUUGCUUUUCUCUUGCCCAUGUUCAGACACAUCAUGGAUCAGAGGUCAUUAGAAGAAGGAGAGGGACCAAUAGCUGUCAUCAUGACUCCAACUCGAGAACUGGCUUUACAAAUUACUAAGGAAUGUAAGAAGUUCUCCAAGACUUUAGGACUUAGAGUGGUCUGUGUUUAUGGAGGAACAGGAAUCAGUGAGCAGAUUGCUGAGCUGAAAAGAGGUGCUGAAAUUAUUGUUUGCACACCUGGUCGAAUGAUUGACAUGCUAGCAGCUAACAGUGGUCGGGUCACGAAUCUUCGAAGAGUGACGUACGUUGUUUUAGAUGAAGCAGAUAGAAUGUUUGACAUGGGCUUUGAACCGCAGGUCAUGCGCAUUGUGGACAAUGUCCGUCCUGAUCGACAGACAGUUAUGUUUUCAGCUACUUUUCCCAGGGCUAUGGAGGCCUUGGCCCGCAGAAUACUGAGUAAACCCAUUGAAGUACAGGUUGGGGGUCGAAGUGUGGUUUGUUCGGAUGUGGAACAACAAGUGAUUGUGAUUGAAGAAGAAAAGAAAUUCUUGAAGUUACUUGAGCUUCUAGGUCAUUAUCAAGAAUCAGGAUCUGUCAUUAUAUUUGUGGAUAAGCAGGAACAUGCUGAUGGUCUUCUGAAGGAUUUAAUGAGAGCAUCUUAUCCUUGCAUGUCUCUUCAUGGAGGGAUCGAUCAAUAUGACAGAGAUAGCAUCAUAAAUGACUUUAAGAAUGGAACCUGCAAGCUUCUUGUAGCCACUUCUGUUGCUGCCCGAGGUCUGGAUGUGAAACAUCUGAUUCUUGUGGUCAAUUACAGUUGCCCCAACCAUUAUGAGGAUUAUGUGCACAGAGCAGGACGGACUGGGAGAGCAGGCAACAAAGGCUAUGCAUAUACGUUUAUCACAGAAGACCAAGCUCGCUAUGCUGGUGACAUAAUUAAAGCUCUUGAACUAUCUGGGACUGUAGUGCCUCCUGAUCUAGAGAAACUUUGGAGUGAUUUCAAAGAUCAGCAGAAAGCUGAAGGAAAAAUAAUUAAAAAGAGUAGUGGGUUCUCUGGUAAGGGAUUCAAGUUUGAUGAAACAGAACAAGCUUUGGCGAAUGAGAGGAAGAAGUUGCAGAAAGCAGCUCUUGGUCUGCAGGAUUCAGACGAUGAGGAUGCUGCGGUUGAUAUUGAUGAACAAAUAGAAAGCAUGUUUAAUUCAAAGAAGAGAGUUAAAGAUAUGGCUGCUCCUGGCACAUCCAGUGUUCCUGCUCCAACUGCAGGAAAUGCUGAGAAACUGGAAAUCGCUAAGAGACUGGCUCUUAGAAUCAAUGCUCAGAAGAAUUUGGGCAUCGAGUCUCAGGAUGUGAUGCAACAGGCCACCAAUGCAAUCCUCAGAGGUGGCACCAUCCUGGCUCCCACUGUGUCCGCAAAAACCAUCGCAGAGCAACUUGCUGAGAAGAUCAAUGCCAAGCUCAAUUAUGUGCCUUUGGAGAAACAAGAAGAAGAGCGGCAGGAUGGAGGACAGAAUGAAUCUUUUAAGAGAUAUGAGGAAGAAUUAGAGAUCAAUGACUUCCCACAGACUGCUCGGUGGAAAGUCACCUCUAAGGAAGCUCUACAGAGAAUCAGUGAAUAUUCUGAAGCUGCAAUCACAAUCCGAGGCACAUAUUUCCCUCCUGGCAAGGAGCCCAAGGAAGGAGAGCGGAAAAUUUACCUGGCAAUCGAAAGUGCCAAUGAACUGGCUGUGCAGAAAGCAAAGGCAGAAAUCACCAGGCUCAUAAAAGAAGAACUGAUCCGACUGCAAAAUUCAUACCAACCAACAAAUAAAGGAAGAUAUAAAGUCUUAUGAACAUCUAGUAAAUAUUUUUUACCUAUCCUAUUCUGUGAUACGUGUGGCCGUUGUCUGAAGUUUACAAUAUAUUGUAAAUUAAGACUUUUAAAAUUCUGUCUUGCUGAUUUUUUAAAUACAAGAAACCAGUAUUUGCUAAAGAAAUCUUCUGACAGUAAGUACCCCCCAAUAGUUAUAUCUAAAUCAGCCUGUUUUCAGAGUGCAAUCAUGUCCUUUAAUGUAAAACUUAAAUACUAAUAUUUUAAACAUUUGGAUACUAUUCCCCUGGUUUAAAAAUGGAUACAUUUAGACUUUGUAUUGAAAGUAAUAAAGUCUCUGAGUCACUAAGGGGCUACUCCAUUAUCCACUUUCAAAGAAAUUGUGAUCAUCUCCUGAGAAAAGGUAAAAUUCUUCGUUCUAUACUGUUCACUUAACCUUGAACUUAAAUAUUAAUUCUCGGAACAUAUGGGCUGGAUUUGAGAAUUUUGUAAUAGAAAUUUUACAAAUUAGGCUGAGUUUUUCUUUUCAUUUUAUCAUCUUUAAUUGACAAUAGUUGGUCUACUUUUGGUUUGGGUAAAAUUAAAGAUUUUUUUCCCUCCA